GAUUUUCAAUACUGGCGGUGUAUACCUGAAAGUAACCACGCUAUUAAUUUCGAACUUAUUAAAACUUAAACCCCAAUUGGAAAUAUCAUAAAUUAAUUGAAAUUUGAUCGAGAGCUUUCGAAACAAUUUCUUGUUCCUUUUUAAUACUAAUGAUCAUGGUGCAGGCAUAUCUAGAUGCGAACUGGAGUAAUGUUUUGAAUGUGAUGGCACUCCCGACUAUAUAAUAUGUACCAUCAGUUUGCUCUCUUUAAUUUAUCUCCUCGCAUGCGUGUGUCACAUCUGUCAACAAGGAUUAUUACUCUGUGAGUGAUUAUUACUCUCAGAGUUUUUUUGCGAGUGUAAUACCGAAGGUGGAAAUUAGGUACACGUACAUACCGGACUGUACACAAUGACACGAAGUGACACUAUCAUUAGCAAGAUGGAACAUGUGGAGGAGAGUCUGAAAGAUACCCUGUACAGGGUCGAAGUAAUUGAGAGAAAACUAAAGACGAAAUUGCUUAAUGCGAAAGAUCGAGAGAAAUUGGAGGGCGAAUUAGAGGAAGUUAAGAAGGUUCUCAGGCGAAAUGAAAAGGAAUUGCAAAGCUUGAGGAAAGAAAAUUCUAAAUCUUUCAUGAUAACAGCGUGUUUGGUCUUUGUAUGCUUCCUUUUUUAUGGAAUAUAUUUGAUGAUUUUCAAGAAAAUCUAAAAUAGGCAUGUAUAUUUCGAAAAUGUAAUAUUAAUUUAUCUAUUUUUUUAUAAGUUUUUUAUACAACUAUGAGAACAUAGUUUACACUAAUUGCCAAUUGAUGCACUAGAUUUUAUAAAUAUUUAUGAAUUCAUUUUAUAAACAAAUUUGUAAUACUUUUAUUUUGAUAUCUUUUUUACUACAAAUUAUAUAAUAUAUACUCGUUGAAUCAAAUAAGAUUGCUAAUGUCAUAACAUCGAGAUAUUUAAAUAGAAUAGAUAUAGUAAUAUAUAUUAUAUCAAUAUAUAAACAUCACUAUAUAUAAACACUAGGUUUAUUUUUUACAAUUAAAGUAAUAAGUACUUUUAUUAUAUAUAAAAUGAAAUAGAUAUAUGUUUAAAAUUUAUAAGGAAAGUAAGAAAAGAAUUUUAGUUUAGCUCAAUGUAAAAAGAAGAAACAGGCCUACAAUCACAUGUAUACUUGUUUCUAAAAAUAUAUCUUUAUAUAUAUAUAUAUAUUAUAAA